CUUUUGAGAGGCGUUUGUGCAUAAUACGCAUAACUGUCAUUACAUUAGGCCUACAGUCAAAUCCCGUUUGUGUUUGAUGUCUUUUUCCCAAAACCCCCACAGAUGUGUUCCUUUGCGGAUUGCCUCUCUAAGUGGCUAGUUGCAGUUUUGAUGCUCUUGGUCAUACAUUUACCAGUUCAAGCGGGAAAGUGCCCAAGGUUCUGCAUCUGCUACAUCUCCAAACUCACCAUGGCCUGUAUCGGCAAGAAUCUGAUUCAGGUUCCCCCCACCAUAGAUGAGGCGUUCCUUCCUGUGUCCAAGAGCCUGAAGCAGCUGUAUACGGAUGACAUGGGUCUGGAGAAGAUGUCCAGAGACUCCCUGGCGGGGCUGGGCUCUGGGCUGACCACUCUGUCUCUGGGGGGGAACCAGCUGGAGGAGCUGCCUGACCUGAGCCCUCUCACUGGGCUGGAGGUCAUCAAUCUGGCCCACAACCCCCUGCUAUGUGACUGCCCCCUGCUGCCGCUCCGCAAGUCAUGGAUGGAGAAUGUGAGUCUGAAGGUGACAUCCACCUGUGGUCACCCUCCUGAAUUCCGGGGCCAAAGUGUGAGGGAUGUUCAUGUCUUUAAGAGCUGUCCAGGGGAGAGUGCCUCUCCUGGCAAGACCCUCAAAGGACCCAAGGACCCAAAAUCAAUCAAACCCAAACCCACUCUCCUGAAGGUGACCAAAACAAAAGCCAAGCCAGGAAAGGCUAAACCCAUGCCAACCAAGCCCAAAGCCAAGCCUCUGAAGAACCCUAAGAGCCCAUCCUGCCACCAGGUGCCAGAACAGUUCUAUGGUGUAAUGGUUAGCACUCUGGACUCUAGCGCUCUGAAUCCAGCGAUCUGA